UACAAGAGAGAAGAAGAGGAGGAGGCGGAACAAGGAAUCAGGAAUCAGCUGUCAAAAAAAGUGUAAAGUGUAAGCAACCGAUCAGAUUGAGAGAUGUCCAGAGCUUGUGUACAUCAUUGACUGUUUGUCUGCCUGUGAGCUCUGACUGAAAACACCCGUGAAGAUGCCUGCAGUGUCCACCGGGGUCAAGGACCUGUACCUGUCCACUUCUCUGGGAGACCUCAAUAAAAAGGCUGAGAUUAAGCCAGACAAGACAAGUACAAGAAACUAUGUUCAGAGUGCCUGUAAAAUCUUCAAGGCGGCAGAGGAGUGUCGCCUGGACCGGGAUGAGGAGAGGUCAUAUGUCUUGUACAUGAAAUAUUUAACAGUAUAUGACAUCAUCAAGAAGAGACCAGACUUCAAGCAGCAACCGGAGUAUUACAUGACCAUGCUUGGGCCAAACAAUUUUAAGAAAGCCAUUGAAGAAGCAGAGAAGCUCUCUGAAAGCCUUAAACUCAGGUAUGAGGAGGUUGAGGUUCGUAAAAAACUUGAGGAGAAGGAGAGACAAGAGGAGAAGAAGAGGAGGGAGGAGAUGUCAGAGAAAGAUGGUGGUCAAAGCUCUCCAAAAUCAUCUGCUGCAAACAAGAAGGACAGCAAAAAGGUAAAAGGAGAACAUAAUGAACUGAAGAAUACAACCUCAAAAGCUGCAGGACCACCUGGUGGAAUUACAGCAGAGAAACUUUUCAACAUGAUGAAGGACCAGACAAUCACAACAAUUGUCAUGGAUGCUCGCAGCCACCAGGACUUUGAAGAGUCUCACAUUCAGGUCCCAGCUCAGACCUGUAUCUCAGUACCUGAGGAGGCCAUUAGUCCAGGAAUCACUGUGAAUCAGAUUGAGGCAAAGCUUCCAGAGGAGUCUAAAGAGCACUGGAGGCGGCGGGGAUUAGUGGAUUAUAUAGUCCUGCUGGACUGGUUCAGCUCUGUGACAGACCUUAAACUUGGCACCACCUUACAGAGCCUGAAAGACGCUCUCUUUAAGUGGGACAGCAUCACUAUCCUGCGCAGUGAGCCGCUGGUGCUAGAGGGAGGCUACGAGAACUGGCUAUUGUUUUACCCCAUGUACACAACCAACGCCAAAGUCCGACCCCCUAGACAGAACUUCAUCAACACACUCCCUCAGUUGAACUUUAGCUACCCAUCCCUAGAGGAACCAAAGCCUCCGACCCCAGCCCCACCUCAACCACAGCCUGAGCCUCAACCAGAGCUUCAGGAACCCUCAGCUCCUGUGCUGGUGAACGGGGUCGCACCAGCAGAGCCCCCAACAUCUAAAACUUCCAUGGUCGCUGACAGGUUGCCAGACACUGUCGAUUCCCAUAUUCCAGGCACCACAAACUCUGGGUCGGACCUCAGUAAGGGCCCUGCGAUGGGUACAUCUAGCCAAUCACCUGCAACAACCAAGGCCUUCCCACAGUUUGACCGCACCAAGAAACCUUCUGUCCGAGUAUCUGAUGACCCCAAACCCAGCCAGAAUGGGUUGGCUAAAGAUCCCACCCAGAACGGCCCUGUUAUCCCUGACCGCUCAGUCAAACCCCCCUUUAACCCCAGCUCUUCUCUGUCCCAAGAGGAACAAAGUCAGAUUCACUCUGAGGCGGUGGCCGUGAUGGAGAAAGCGAGACUAGAGCAGGAGAAACGCAACCAGGAGCGUCGGUUAGAGGAGGAGAGGCGGGAGAAAGAGCUGAAAGAGAGACUGGAAAAGGAGGAACGUGAAAAGAAGAAGAAGGACGAGGAGGAGAAGGGACCUCAGGACAAAAAGAGACUAGAGAGGCAAAAGGCAGAAGAAGAGGAAGACAAACAAAGCAGAGUGUGGGAGGAGAAAGAGAGGAGGGGGAAGGAGCAGAACUCUGAAACACCCUCCAAGAGUAUGUCUCUGGACUCACCUGCUCCUCACCAUGUUGUCAGUGAAAUUAAGAGGGAACCCCUGACACGAGCAAGGAGUGAGGAGAUGGGUAGGAGUGUACCAGGCCUUCCAGAUGGUUGGAUGAAGUUCCUCGACACGGUCACAGGAACGUACCGAUACUAUCAUUCCCCAACCAACCGGGUCCACCUGUACCCUCCUGAGGUCACCGUUCCCCAACCAACUCCUCCCCCCACACCGCCAACAGUCAAACAGAAACCACCACAACCCCCUGAGCCUGACGCCAACCGUGAACGAGAGCGGGAGCAGUCCAAACUAAAACGCUCCUACUCCUCACCUGACAUCAGCCAGGACCUGAGAGAGGAGGCUCAGAAGAAGGCGGCUGCCCAGACCGCUGCUCCAGUCAUACCCACGAUCAACAGAGAGACCAAACCCGCUCCUGCUAAAGUCUACUCUAAAGUGGAGAUUGUGAGACCAUCAGCUGCCAAAAUCCGCAACCUCAAUCCUACCUUUGGAGGUCUGGGUGCAUCGCUGACUGGCCUCCGUAACAUGGGGAACACAUGCUACAUGAACUCCAUCUUACAGUGUCUGUGCAACACUCCUGCCUUGGCCGAGUACUUCAACAACAAUCUCUACAUGGAGGACAUCAACAGGUACAACAUACUUGGCCAUAAAGGGGAGGUGGCAGAGGAGUUUGGCGUGAUCAUGAAGGCUCUGUGGGCUGGUUUGUACAAGUGUAUAAGCCCACGCGACUUUAAGAUCACCAUAGGAAAGAUCAAUGAGCAGUUUGCUGGUUAUGACCAGCAGGACUCCCAGGAGCUGCUGCUGUUCCUCAUGGAUGGACUCCAUGAAGACCUCAACAAGGCGGACAACAGGAAGCGAUACAAAGAGGAGGAAAAUGACCAUCUGGACGAUCAAACAGCAGCAGACCUGGCCUGGAGUAAACACAAGCUGCUGAAUGAGUCCAUCAUUGUAGCACUGUUCCAGGGUCAGUUCAAGUCAACUGUGCAGUGUCUGACCUGUCAUCGCAAGUCACGGACGUUUGAGACUUUUAUGUACCUGUCGCUGCCUCUUGCCUCCACCAGCAAGUGCUCGCUGCAGGACUGUCUGAGACUGUUUUCGAAGGAGGAGAAGCUGACUGAUAACAAUAAGGUGUUCUGCAGACAUUGCAAAGCCCACAGAGAUUCCACCAAGAAACUGGAGAUCUGGAAAGUUCCUCCUAUUCUCCUGGUGCACUUAAAACGAUUCUCUUAUGAAGGCAGGUGGAAGCAGAAGCUGCAGACGUCUGUAGAUUUCCCCUUAGACUGUCUGGACCUGGCCCAGUAUGUUAUUGGACCCAAACAGAAUCUGAAGAGAUAUAAUCUUUUUGGAGUGUCUAACCACUACGGCGGUUUAGAUGGUGGACAUUACACAGCCUACUGUAAGAACGCCCCUAAACAACGCUGGUACAAGUUCGACGACCAUGAGGUGUCUGAUAUCUCCACCUCCUCCGUCAAGUCCUCUGCAGCCUACAUCCUGUUUUACUCCAGCCUGUGAUGAGGCUGUAGGAAACAAAGAGGGAACACUACACCAGGGGCAGCGAUGCUCGAACCUACAGGUUGUUUUUAUUUUGGUUUUUAAAAUCACAGCUCUGAGGACCUGGUGCGCGUAGCUGCGGUUUAACCAAUCAUGCACGCUGAGGAUGAACUCAAGCAAGUGGCCAUGAGAUCCUGUGUGUCGCUGAUUGGAGGAAGGUGCAAUGCUUCAGCUACUAGAGGACUGUAUACCUGUUAAAACAUGCCGUCUGCUCUUAUUACUGAUAAUCUAGAGACUAAUCAGAUGCUCCUUUUACUUCUAUACCGUGAUGGUUGUGUUGUAGGGCAGACAGCUGGUUAAGAAGCUCUUCACUGUCUUUUCUGUUGCACUUUGCGAACGCAGAACUGAUUUUUAGCCUUCUUGUACUGUGCAAACACGAGGUUAAGACGGCAUGUAAAUACUAAUUAAUGCUGAUGUUGCACAUUCAGAUGUGUAAAUACUCGUGGGCGAGGUGUUUAUCUGUUAAGUGACCAAAUUCUUUUUUGUUUUUCUUAAAAGUAGCAGCCAUCAUAGCAUCAUCAUACUCAUGCAGACAAACCACAUGAUUUCUGGGUUUAACUCUUUAACCUUCUGAUGUUUAGCCUGAUCUUAAUGAUGGUAGAGACUGUGAUUGUUGAACUUUUCUGCAUUCUUUCUAAAGAGAAGAGGGAACUGAGAUUGUUGCUUGUUCAUAUUAGCCACAUUGUUGCACUCACACAAUAUGCAAUCAAGUUAUGUUGUUUAUGUAGUUCACAUUGUUAACAGCGGACGUUAAUCCUCGACUCUGAAUGCUUUAAACGAUACCCGAUGCUGUGAUUUUUGUCUGUCUUGCUUGGUGCAGGCAGAGACAGAAAAGCCUGCUUCUAAAAGCUUUGUUGUCGAGUUUUUCUCUGUUUAAUAUACUUAACUCUUGACAUAAUUAUACUCAAACAACAAAAGUAUUUAGAGGACGCAAUAUUGGGAAAACUUGGCAUCUUUUGGCUCAUCCCUGUGAUGCUAGUUUUGAAGGAAUGGAUAUUUGAGAGGCUGAAAUACAGAAUUCUUUUAUGUGACUAAUUUUAUUUCUGUGUGCAGAAUUGACCUGGGAGAAUAUGAAAUGAAAUUUUUCACUUACAUUUAUGUGUUAGUGUCAACAUUUGCUGCCUGCAGACUGACCAUAUUACCGACUGACUGACUGACUGAUGAGAGCAAGCACAAUGUAAACAGUACUGAUAUUUUUCCUGAAUGGACCAGAGGUGUGAGCCAAUGUGGGCAGGAUUUGACUCUCUUCUUUCUGAUUACAGUUUUAUUGCCUAGCAUGAGAUCAUAAUCUGUUUUCUUUCUAAUUGUACAUGUCGAUUUUAUUUCUUAAUGCUCUAAAAAGACUUUGUUUCUGAUAUAACGAUUAUAUUAACCUUCAAAAAGCUCAUAUGACUAUUUAUUAAAACUGCUUCAAAUUA